UCAACUGUCAAUCAGCUGUCAAUAAUGUCAAACAAAUCCAGAUGGGAACAUCGCAUCAUCAAGGUCAAAUUCAUAAUAUCAACAAAUUAUCACGACUGCCUGCACACGAACAGUCAUCGCGUCCGCGGUUACUUAACAGCUGAGAACGGAAUCAUCGUUAAUGUGCUGUCUACAGAGGCGGGCGCUCGUUGUGUGAUUUGUGCGGCGUCAUGAAUAUCAUACGCAAACUAACUGUGGUGUCUUCACCGGGGAUAGUUCGAACAUUCUCAGUGUCCGGUGCCAAUAAUGCCACAUAUUCAUGUAAACUCCUGGUGGUGGGUGGAGGCACGGGAGGAUGCACAAUGGCUGCCAAGUUUGCGAGGAGACUGCCCAAAGGAUCCCUUAUAGUCCUUGAGCCUAGCAAGGACCAUUACUACCAGCCUCUAUGGACGCUCGUGGGAGCUGGAGUAGGCACGGUCGCAGAAACUCGUCGCGCAGAGGAGAGCGUAUUACCUAACAACUGCCGAUGGCUUCAGGACUCGGCAAAUUCUGUACUGCCACAUGAAAACAAGGUGAUCACCAGCCAAGGGGAUGUCAUCAACUAUGAGUAUCUGAUUAUAGCUGUUGGACUCAUCAAUGAUUAUGAGAAGGUGCCCGGACUAUACGCGGCUUUACAAGACAAGACAAGCUCUGUAUCGUCGAUAUUCAGCCCGGAUUUCUGCGAGAAAACCUUCUCGGACAUGAAGAAGCAUAAAGAAGGGAACGUGGUGUUCACCUACCCUAACACUUUGAUCAAGUGCCCCGGAGCGCCGCAGAAGAUUGUCUAUCUCGCCGAGUCGUAUUUCAGCAAGACGGGUGUCCGAAGCAAAACGAACAUUAUCUACAACACUUGCCUACCCGUCAUAUUCGGAGUACCAAAGUAUGCUGAAGCGCUCAUGAAAGUCGUUAAACGCAAGAACAUUAAUGUUAACUAUGUGACCGUGCUGAAAGAAGUUAGGCACGAUAAGAAGGAGGCUGUGUUCUUUAAUAAGGAGGAUCCUGAUAAGGACAUAACAGUAGACUACUCGAUGCUCCACGUAUCUCCCCCGAUGCGGACCCCGGACUUCCUUCAGAACAACACGUGUCUGGUCGACGAGAGCGGCUUCCUGCAAGUCGACAUGUACUCGCUGCAGAACCAGUCCUUCCCUAACGUGUUCGGUAUAGGGGACUGUACUAACACGCCGAAUAGUAAAACUGCUGCGGCUAUCGCGGCACAAUGCUACGUGCUAGAACACAACCUACUCGCGACGAUGCAGCGCGACGAGCCCCGACAGCGGUACAGCGGCUACGGAGCCUGUCCGCUGCUCACGUCGUACAACACCUGCAUACUGGCGGAGUUCGUGUACGGCGGCGUAGUGCGAGAGACCAUGCCCUUCAACCAGGCCCGAGAGAGCACGAUAGCGUUCUACAUGAAGAAGAAAUUAUUCCCCUUCAUAUACUGGCACUUUAUGCUGAAAGGGUAUUACCACGGGCCUGAAGGCAUCAGGAAAAUGUUGAACCCCUUCCGAGACUGUAAAAAAAUCCUGGGUCCCCCUGAGGUUCUUCAAGAAAAAUGUAAGCUGUUGGUGGUCGGAGGCGGCGCCGGCGGCUGCAGCGUCGCGUGGCGCUUCGCCCGCCGGAUGAAGAAGAACUGCAUCAUUGUGUUAGAGCCCUCCAGGCUCCACUACUACCAACCCGCCUUCACACUGAUAGCGGCAGGAGUAAGAACACUCAAACAGUCAUACAAGCCGCUUCGUAACGUUUUGCCGCGAAGUGUCACGUGGCUGCACGACCGAGCUGAAUGCUUCGAUCCUGGCAAGAACCUCGUGUACACGUGGAACGGAGACACGAUAUAUUACGAGUUCAUGGUCGUCGCUGUGGGCAUCAAAAAUGACUAUGAUAAGAUCAUUGGUCUUCAAAGAGCCCUUGACGACCCGAGAUGGCCUGUCUCCACGAUCUACUCUCCCUAUUACUGCACAAAGACCUGGGACCUUAUUAAGGGGUUCACGGGAGGUCAUGCGUUGUUCACGUUUCCUGUUGGGGGCGGGAAGUGUUCAGGGGCUGCGAUGAAGAUCAUGUUCUUAGCUCAAGAUUAUUGGAGGAAGACCAAAAUAAUCAGCAAAACGAACAUAACAUACAACACGGGCGCCGAAGUCCUGUUCGGGGUGCCGAAAUAUGCGACGGCUUUACGCAAGGUGACUCUCAGUCGCUGCAUCGUGCCCAACUACUGCGCUGAUCUGGUGGAAAUCACACCUUCGGGGGCUGUGUUCCAGGGUACCGGGGGAGAGACGAUAAGCUUCCCCUACAACCUACUCCAUGUGACGCCGCCGAUGUCCCCACCUCACUGCCUGCUGAAAUGCAAGGAGUUAACGACCCCGACUGGCUACCUGGAAGUAGACCAUCAGACGCUGCAGCAUAAACGCUUCCCCAACGUGUUCGGGCUCGGAGACUGUACGUGCACGCCUAAUAGCAAGACUGCCGCUGCCGUGGCUCCUCAAAGCUACGUGGUAGAACGUAACCUAGACAAGGUGAUGGCCGGUAAGAAGCCUACGAAGAAGUACAACGGCUACGGCGCCUGUCCCCUCAUCACGUCCUACAAGAAAGGAAUCAUGGCAGAGUUCCUGUAUGACAAGAAAGUGUGGGAGACCUUUCCUUUUGAUCAGGCUAAGGAACGUCGUCUGUUCUACCAAAUAAACAAGCAUAUCAUGCCUCGCUUGUACUGGAACAUGGUAAAAGGCAAGUGGAGCGGUCCGAGCACAAUACGACAUAUCAUCAAUCCCUUCAGAAGAUGAAACCAUUGUUUUGAAUAUAAAUAUUUUAUUAAAACUCUUUACACGUACAACUUAUAUGACUAAUAUUUUACAAGGAAACUUCUGAUUCUCUUAUACUCUUGCAUUUGUAGUUGUAAACUUAUUGUAAUUUCUGAAUAAAUAAUUCCAGUUGUAAUUGUACUGUAA